AAUCCUCCCCGCUCUGCAUUCUCCGCACCGCCAGAAAAAUCCCCCCACGCCAUUCCCGAUCGCCGCUCCAAACCCUAACAAUCUCCGGCCCUCGAAAUCGCCGCCGGAGCCUCCCCCCGCCGCCGGCCGUUUCGCUCUGGGAUCGAACCGUGGCUCCUCCGGGUGCUCCGACAGUCUCCCGCAGAAGACCCAACCCCCAGUCUUCUCCCGCCGCCCCGCCGUCGUCGUCGUCGUCGUCGUCGGCCGCCGCGACUCCGACCAGGAUCAUCUACCGGGAGUCCAGGCAGAAGGUGGGCUUCCCGUUUUGGCAGCAGAACUGGUUCAUCGUCCUGCUGUUCGUGAUGGCGAUCGGGUUCUUCGGCCUCGCCCUGUUCCUCUUCCUCGGGCUCGACUUCGACGAGGCCUCGCCCUCCCCUACCUACGCCGCUACGUCGGACGGCGUCGAGAUAACAUAUGGGACGGUUCUCAAGCUAAUGCACGAGAAGACGAAAUUCCGGCUUCACUCCCAUGAUGUACCUUAUGGUUCCGGCAGUGGGCAACAGUCUGUCACUGGGUUUUCUGGUGCUGAUGAUGCCAACAGCUACUGGAUUGUUAGGCCUCAGCCAGGUACCUCAGCUAAACAAGGAAAUCGAAUCAAAAGUGGGACCAUCAUUAAGUUGCAACACAUGAGGACUAGAAAGUGGUUGCACAGCCACUUGCAUGCAUCUCCAAUAACAGGGAACCUAGAGGUCAGUUGCUUUGGAGGAGAUACUGAAUCUGAUACUGGAGAUUAUUGGAGGCUUAUGAUUGAAGGUUCUGGGAAAACUUGGAGGCAAGAACAGAGGAUUCGACUCCAACAUGUGGAUACUGGUGGCUUUUUACACAGUCAUGACAAGAAAUACCAGCGAAUCGCUGGGGGCCAGCAGGAGGUAUGCGGUAUCCGAGAAAAGCGGCCUGACAAUAUUUGGUUGGCAGCAGAAGGUGUUUAUCUUCCGAUUGCAGAAAGCAAAUAGACCACUGCCUUCAAGUCGACGCAUAUGGUAGGAUCUCACUUUAGUCAUGCGUUGACAUCUUAGGUUUAGGUGGAACGGCUUAGACUUGUGCCGGUACCCUGGCCGGUGCCUUCCUUCUAUAAUAGUAAUUGUAGAAACUUGAGCUCCUUAAAUGAAGAACUUCUCGAUGUAUACUUGAAUUACACUAUCAUCGAUUUUGAUCAAUGCAUGUAAUCCUUGUUUGUCAUGGCUCA